AUGAUGAAUGCUUUUUGGUGGGGUCAUGGUGGCUCAAGCAACAAAGGUUUAAACUGGCUAUCCUGGGAAAAGCUCUCUGUUCAAAAGAAUGAUGGAGGGAUGGGAUUCAAAGUUUUUGCAGCUUUUAAUGUGGCAAUGCUUGGUAAACAGGGUUGGCAGUUGCAAACAAAUACGGAAAGUCUCGUCUCAAGAAUCUUCAAAGCUAGAUACUAUCCGAACAGUACCUAUCUAGAGGCUAAACUAGGGCAUAACCCUAGUUUUGUGUGGCGAAGUAUCCUCAGCGCUAAGGUGAUGGUCCGUGAAGGAGCUAGAUGGAAAAUUGGCACAGGAUUUAACAUUCCUAUUAUUAGUGAACCACGGAUUGGUUCAGGAUCCAGUAUUCCCCCUGUGGGUGAUGAUAUGGUAGCACUUCAAGCUUUUUCUGUAGGACACUUAAUUGAUCAAGAGGCUAAAGUCUGGAAUGAACCUUUGAUCCGUCAGUUGUUUGCGGAUGAUACGGCCAAGGAUAUUUUAAAUACGCCAUUACAUCAUCAGGUUCAAAUGGACAAAAUGAUAUGGAAGGCAGAGAAAAAUGGGUGCUACUCACUUAGAAGCGCCUAUCGCACUUGUAUCGAAGAUGUCAUAAACAAUGACCAUCUGCGUAGACCUGGGUACUGGAGUGGCAUCUGGAGAUUGAAAGUGCCCCCCAAGGUGUGA